GUUAUUUACAAUAGGGGGACUGAUAGGAGUAGUGGAUUCGGGUUUGUGACGAUGAGCACUGUUGAAGAAGCUGAGAAAGCUGUAGUUUUGUACAAUUGUUAUGUGGUUGAAGUUUCCACUUCCAAGACAGGCAAGCGCGGUCAUGCUAAAUGCCACUUUAUAGAGUUUGACAUCUUCACUGGAAAGAAACUUGAGGAUAUUGUUCCCUCUUCUUACAACUGUGACGUUAUUUACAAUAAGGAGACUGAUAGGAGUCGUGGAUUCAGGUUUGUGAUGAUGAGCACUGUCGAAAAAGCUAAGAAAGCUGUAGUGUUGUACAACUGUUAUUUAUUGAAUCAUUAA